AUGUCCUGUCAAAUAUUGUUGGACAACUAUACUGGGUCUUAUAAAACCGGUGACACCAUAAAGGGAAGAUUUCAAGUCAAUUUAAACAGCAGAAAAGAUAUUAGAGGAAUUAAAAUCCUUAUAAAAUGCAAAGAACGCACUGAGUGGACAGUGGACGUGCUAUAUACAGGGAAUAACGAAAUACUGUACUCGGAGCUAAAAGUGCGAGGUGACGGUAAAAUUGAGGCAGGACAACAUACGUUUCCAUUUACGUAUUUUAUAUCGCCUGAUUUGCCUUCAACCUACAAUGGCUCUUAUGGAAGCAUUUAUUAUUAUAUUAAAGGGGUUGUUGAUAGGCCCCUUAAAUUCGACUAUAAGGAUAAAGUUUAUUUUUCCGUAUUUUCACCAAUUGAUUUUAACGUGCUUGGUGGUUAUUUACAGGAGCCCAAGGAAGCUGGAGACGAGAAGAGCGUAUGUAGUUUAUGCUGCGCCGGCGGACCAGUAAGCUGCGACGUGUACCUCGACAAAUACGCUUUUGUAAUUGGCGAAACAAUAAAUGUCAAAAUUAAAAUUUUAAACGUGUCGAAUGUUAGUGUGGAUGGUGUCAGGGUUAACUUGACGCAGAGGGUUACAUCGAGUGUAAAUUAUCCGCAUUCUGAUUCAAGGUACGAAACGGAUACCAUUGCGGAAAAUGAGCACAGUGCUCUAGAAGCAUGUGGAGCGCACGAAUUCGUCGUUUCCUGUGAGCUAGAUGGUUGCCACUCAGAUUUAGAUGUGGAACAUUUUCCGAAAAUAGGACACAUUCAACUUGUAAAUCAACCAAUAACUGAACAACUCUACACUCAACCGCAACCAAGACAAGAUGAAUGGGAGGAAGUGGAUGUAGCCGUAAAUAUUGCAGAAGAUGUUGAUGGUACCAUUGGCAAGCGGAGCACUUCCAUACCCACCUGA